CCGGCUUCUUGGGGUCCCGGUCUAGGCGAUCGCUUCCCUGGCGUGCUCGCUGCCCGGCCCUGGCCAUGCGCCCGGCCUUCGCGGUGGGCCUGGUGUUCGCAGGCUGCUGCAGCAAUGUGAUCUUCCUGGAACUCUUGGUGCGGGAGCACCCAGGAUGUGGGAAUAUCGUGACAUUUGCACAGUUUUUGUUUAUUGCUGUGGAAGGCUUUCUCUUUGAAGCGGAUUUGGGAAGGAAGCGGCCAGCUAUCCCAAUAAGGUACUAUGCCGUGAUGGUCACCAUGUUCUUCACUGUCAGCGUCGUGAACAACUACGCCCUGAACCUCAACGUGGCGAUGCCCCUGCAUAUGAUCUUUAGAUCUGGCUCCCUGAUUGCCAACCUGAUUCUAGGAAUUAUCAUUUUGAAGAAAAGAUACAGUAUAUUCAAAUAUACCUCCAUCGCCUUGGUGUCUGUGGGGAUAUUUACUUGCACCUUCAUGUCAGCAAAGCAAGUGACUUCCCGGUCCAGCGGGGGAGAGACUGAUGGGUUCCAGGCAUUCGCAUGGUGGUUACUAGGAAUCGGCGCGCUAACCUUUGCUCUUCUGAUGUCAGCAAGGAUGGGCAUAUUCCAGGAGACUCUGUAUAAACGGUUUGGGAAACACUCCAAGGAGGCUUUGUUUUAUAAUCACGCCCUUCCACUUCCUGGCUUCAUCUUCUUGGCCUCUGAUAUUUAUGACCAUGCAGUUCUGUUCAAUCAAUCUGAGUUGUACCAGGUUCCAGUCAUCGGUGUGACAGUGCCCAUCAUGUGGUUCUACCUCAUCAUGAAUGUCAUCACUCAGUACGUGUGCAUCCGAGGCGUGUUCAUCCUGACCACGGAAUGUGCCUCCCUCACCGUCACGCUCGUCGUGACGCUGCGCAAGUUUGUGAGCCUCAUCUUUUCCAUCUUGUACUUCCAGAACCCGUUCACGCUGUGGCACUGGCUGGGCACCUUGUUUGUCUUCACUGGGACCCUAAUGUACACAGAGGUGUGGAGCCACCUGGGAGCCACAAAAAGGCCACCUCCCAAGGAGGCCAAGGAGAACUGA